UUUUUUUUUUUUCUAAUGCAGCUUUCUCUUCGGAGUAUUACUUGUCGCUGGCUGGUUUGAAACGCCUCAAGGGUAUUUAGGUGCUUCUUCCGCGCAACAAGUGCUGGAUACGCUGAGCCUCCCAAACUGCGAGGUUUCACUUGUGAAAAGACUCUUUUGUCUCAAAUUCCAUUAUCGCACGUUUGAUGGCACAUGCAACAAUCUCUGCAACAUUACAACCGGAGCCGCCUUUACACCGCAUGAUCGGUUCCCAGGCUUAGAUCCUCCUACUGCGUAUGAACAACCAGGCAACCAACCUCGGCAAUUCUCGUCCGUAAGAUUUAAAGGCAAGCGCAUUCGCCUCCUAAAUACGAGGUUUGUUAGCAAGAUAGUGUUUGAUAACUAUCCAGACCGAGCAAGUUUUACCCACAUGGUAAUGACGUGGGGUCAAUUUUUGGACCAUGAUCUCACGCUCACUGAAUUCACUGUGGGGGUCAACCCACAGCUCGAUUGUGGCACGAGCCAGGAACCUUGCCCCAGCCUGAUUGAAAAACCUUUCUGCUUCGGAGUCAACAUCAGCUCCAGGGUAAGGCUAUCGGGCGAUCCUCUUGCACGGUGUACUCCUCUUGUCAGGUCAGAGCAGAACAGCCACGGCAAUCAGAUAAACGAGAUAACCGCUUACCUUGAUGGAUCACAAGUGUACGGCUCAGAUCUCGAGACAGCAAAAAGCCUUCGCUUCUUCAAACUGGGACUUUUGAUAGUUGAACCUUUCAUUAACAGCAGCGACUUACCCAUUCUUCCAGCACAGGAGUCUGUGGGCGGUGAAGCAGGCUUCUGUAGAUCUAACGAUACUGAAACUCAGCCUUGCUUCAGAGCUGGGGAUCCUCGAGUGAACGAAAAUCAAGCCUUAAUGGCAAUGCACGCUCUGUGGGUUCGUGAACACAACCGUAUUGCCAAACACCUGUUCACUCUGAAUCCAUCGUGGAAAGACGAGAAACUCUAUCAAGAGGCGCGCCGAAUCGUUGGUGCCAUGUUACAACACAUUACAUAUAAUGAGUGGUUGCCAACACUCAUCCCCAGUCAAAGAUUGAGACGAAAAGCAGGAGUUGCGCUGGAGGCCGAUGGAACAUUCUCCAACGAUUACGCUCCGGAAAUAAAUUCUACAAUUAUCAACUCGUUCGCCACGGCUGGCUUAAGAAUAGGCCACACUUUAAUUCGGGAGAACUUUACAGUGUCGAGUGGAGUUGAUCUCAUUGACCAGCUAUCCCAAUCUCCAGUCGAUUUUUUUAACCCAGGACCGCUCAAUGAUCCAAACUUAGGAGUCAAUCCUUAUACAGGUCUUUAUCUCGGAUUGGCUGGAAUAAGAGCUGGCGAAUUUGAUCGGAACAUUGCUGAUGCCGUGCGGGAACGUCUCAUUAUUCCAGGGCCAGACGGUGGGUUUUUUGGUGAUCUUGCUGCUAUAAACAUGCAGCGUGGACGAGAUCAUGGCUUACCAGGGUAUAUCCAGUUUUCAACACUUUGUGGUGGUCCCGUGGCUAGAGGAUACAACUUUAAUGGUCUUAAAAAUAUACUCUCUAGUCAGCGGCGAAGACUGGCUAGAGCCUACAAAACUGUGGAGGACAUUGAUUUAUUUGCGGGAUUGUUGAGUGAACGAAAUCUACGCGGGAGUGAGCUUGGACUAACCACCACCUGUCUGAUGCUCGCGCAGUUCAGCAGAACGCGCCGUGGUGAUCGCUUCUGGUACGAGAGAAACGACACUCUCACAGGGUUUACCAUAGAACAACUGACCGAGAUAAGAAAGGCCUCUCUAGCUCGAGUGAUAUGUGACAACUCAGACGAUGUGACCACUAUUCAGCCCGAGGUUUUCAAGCGAAGCAUUAUCCAUAGCCCAAAUGAUGAUGUGCCCUGCCGUCAUCUGCCUUUUGUCAACCUGAAUGUUUUCAAAGAGAGUGCCAAAUAUUCCGGUGCUCCUAAGUUUUCCCGGAGUGGUGGUUUUGGCGGAAAUGUCGCUGCUUGAAGUAUUCCCAGGGAUCCAUUCUUGAAUUUGUGCCAUGCAAGUUUUUGUUUUAGUUAGUCAAAAACGAUGUAGUUGAUGUUAAUAUUAAAUGUAACACAGCUAAGUUAAAGCCUCCCGUGGCUGUAAGAGUAACCUGCGAUCAUACCCUCCCUUCCUUAUAUUCAGACGUGGGGGUUACUGUAAGGGUUACUAGUUAAACAAUACUAUAUUUAAUAAGGGAUUAAAUUGCCUUAUUAGUCAAUAAGUAUAAGAAGUCAUCAAUUGUAAUCAAUUGAUCCUUCCUUUAAGCUUUUUUAGGAAACGUACGUAAGAUAAAUUGGGCCUCGGGUGGUGGGCAAUCUUCGGGAAAAAAAUCGGAAAUUUAUAUACGAUGGCCUUUUAAAAUAAUUCAUUAAUCUUCGUACGUCCUUGGGUAGACCUUCAGUCGUUUCUGGUCAGGUUUGACAGUCUUGAAAAAUUCAUUUAUACCUCAGAAUCUUCAGACGUCUUAUACCAACUUUAGAGUUCAAGUUGGAGGAUUUUCAACACACAUACAUUGAGUACAAAUGUCGUCCCUUAUAUGUAGCCACUCCUUAUUCAGUAAUUAUAUAUAUACUCCGAACUGAAUGCAGUAAGCUUCAGUAAUUUCAACCUCUGCGUUAUAGAGGAAGGACAAGUUCUAUUUACAUAGUUUUGCUUUGCAAGUUUUAAUACUUAGUUUUUGAAUGUUAAUCUAAUAACGAAACUUGUCAGAUAACUCUAUGGAAGUGGGAAUAAAAUUUAGCAACUUAAUAUUGA